CGCGCGACGCGCCCGUGCGGCCGGCCGUCGCGGCAGAGGCACCCCCACCCACCCCUCCCACCUAUAAAGCGAACCGGCCCGGGCGGGACGCGCCCUCACAGCUCUCCUCGCGCAUAAGCGCCCGCGCUCUGCUCGGACGAGCGGACGAAACGGGCGGGAGCUUCUCCCCCGCGGCUUCGUCUCCCGCCACCGCCACGCGCGCCUAGCUAGCAGCUUUCCCUCCGGCGCGGCGCGCUUCGCAUCGUCACCGAGGGGAAGAGAAACAAGCGGCGGCAACGAGGCGCGUCCGGAUGGAUUUCGCAACCGAGCAGCACGGUUGCGAGCAUUACAGGCGCGGGUGCCGGGUCGUGGCGCCCUGCUGCGGCGAGGUCUUCGGCUGCCGCCAUUGCCACAACGACGCCAAGAACUCGCUCGAGGUCGACCCGCGCGACCGCCACGAGAUCCCUCGUCACGAAAUAAACAAGGUGAUCUGCACUCUCUGUUCCAAAGAACAGGAUGUGCAACAGAAUUGUUCUAACUGUGGGGCCUGCAUGGGGAAAUACUUCUGUGAAAUAUGCAAUUUUUUCGACGAUGAUAUCUCUAAGGGCCAAUACCACUGUCAUGGAUGUGGCAUAUGCAGAACUGGCGGUGCAGACAACUUCUUUCACUGCGACACAUGCGGGUGUUGCUACAGCAAUGUCUUGAAGGACUCUCACCGCUGUGUGGAAAGAGCAAUGCAUCACAACUGCCCUGUCUGCUUUGAGUAUCUGUUCGACUCCACGAAGGACAUCAGCGUGCUGCAGUGCGGCCACACGAUUCAUCUGGAGUGCAUGAACGAGAUGAGAGCGCACCAUCACUUCUCGUGCCCGGUGUGCUCGAGGUCCGCCUGCGACAUGACGGACACGUGGCGGAAGCUCGACGAGGAGGUCGCGGCGACGCCGAUGCCGGAGAUCUACCUGACGAAGAUGGUGUGGAUCCUGUGCAACGACUGCAGCGCGACGUCGAGCGUGCGGUUCCACGUGCUGGGGCAGAAGUGCCCCGGGUGCAGCUCCUACAACACCCGGGAGACAAGGGCCGGCCCGGCGCUCGCCGCGCGCUCCAGAGUUUGAGCAGAGGCCCACGCCACAAACGCCGAGGAGGUUCAUUCGAAGCCCAAAGCGUCCAUGUCCACCAGGUACAUCAUGGUCGAGGAUGCAGUUGAAGCGCGGUGCUGUCCCUGCGAUCCCUGCCGGGAAGGCGCGCUGGCUGAAGCUGGAGAGGAGAGACAUUGGUUUCGGCAGCUUGCAUUGCAUGUUCAGAGAAUCACUGUGUGCCAAUUGCCUCACUGUAUUUGCUAUGGUUCGCUGGAGCAAUUGAGUUGCAUUACAUGAGCGAGCCUCUCUAGGCCAUGACCGUGUACCGAACAGAAACUGGGAAUUUUGCAGGAAUUUGAGUAUCAAAGCAGUUCAGUGUAGCUCUCUACCUUCUUCAUUUAUCUUUGUGGAAAAGACUUGGCUUUGUUACCAGAAA